AUGAGCCAGAUCCAUGCAAUGCCCUAUCACUGCGGGGCCAAUGGGUUUAGUCUCCGCCUCGAGUCUAGUGAGCGUAGAGGAGACCUCGCCACCUACAAUGUGUGGUGUCCCACACUCAGUCAUUCCAAACACCCAAUAGUUGAGAGUCAGGUCAUCAGAGGAGAGAACAUCACAGAGUUCAAAGGAAGAUUCCCAGACAGACUGCAGCUGGACAGACAAACUGGAUCUCUCACCAUCAGAAAUCUCACCCUCACUCCAGUACCACUUCCUCAAGUCAAACAAAUCCCUGAAGGUGAUUUUCUGGACAGUUCAUCAGAGAAGGGGAGCUGUUCAGUGGUGUGUUCUGUGGAGAACCGGAGAGACAUGACCCUGUCCUGGUACAGAGGAGAGAAGAGACUCAACCAGACUAGCAGCCCUGACCUCUCCAUCAACCUGUCUCUCCCUCUGGAGAUACAGCUACAGGACAGAGAUAUCUACAGCUGUGUGGCUGCCAACCCAGUCAGCAACCAGACAACCAAACUCAACAUUGAAACGCUCUGCCUUCAAUUUGUAGGUAUGUCAUUAAUGGUAAUGURCAACAUUUUCUUUGUUAUUGGACUGCAAAGAGUCCAGUCUGAGACUCAGCAGGUGAAAGGCAUCGUCGGACAGACUUUCUCUUUUCCAGAGAGGGUGAUCAAGACUGGCAAUUUACUUUAUGGAGACCUUGGCACUAUUGCAAAUGUGUACCCUGGUACGAAAGGCGAAAUCACCCUUGAGAAGAGAUUUAAAAACCGCCUCCACUUGAACAAUGUUACAAGAUACUUCACUCUGUCAGACCUUCAGAAAGACGAUGCUGGGGUUUAUAGUGUGGAGAAUACAUAUGAAGGGAAAAAAACAAAAACAUUUGAGCUCACUGUAUACAAUGUUGUUUCCAAACCUCAGGUGACGGAGUGUGACAGCAGCUCCUGUAGUGUGGUGUGUUCUGUGGACAACGAAAAAGAGGUGACCUUGACCUUGUACAGAGGAGAGGAAAUACUAAACCAGACCAGCAGUCCUGACCUCACCACCGAUCUCUCUCUCCAUUUGGAGGUAGAGGGAAAGGACUACAACUCCACCUACAGCUGUGUGGCUGCUAACCCUGUCAGCAAUGAGACAGUUCAUGUCCCAAAAUGUUGCAGUGAAGAUGGUCAUGCUAAUGAUGCAGACAGUGAUGAGAUGACUCUGGGUAUGCUUAUUAUUGCUGUAAUCUGCGUUUCGGUUGCCUCAGGGCUGGUUGGACUUGCAAUCUAUCUAAAAAAGAGGGGAAAUGGGCGCUCACAGGCAGGUAUUUAUCUUUGAGAGGUGUGAGGUCACUCCCCAAAGUCAAAACAUGCUUAGCCUUUUUUUUACAAUCAAGGGUAGUGUUUUGGAAAAGGUAGGAAAUGUUUGCUUGAACACAGGAUGCAGGUCAAAUAAAGUGUCAUAUCUUCCACAAUUCCUCUGCUUGUUCAGACAGUGUCAUUAUCCCAGACAAGUUCUCUAAAUGUUGAAAAAGCAGAAAGCACACACACACAGACACACACAAACGCUCUCUCUCUCUCUGAUAAUGAUCACUUGAAUAGCUUGGCUUAUCUGACACCAACAUCAGUCAUGUUGGUGUCCUGUACUCAUAGUAACAAAUGAGUCCUGAGUGUUUACAGAACCUGUCCUGGGGGCUGAGCGUCUGUAUUUCUCUGUCAGUUAGUCACACCUCCCCUUAGGCCUAUAUUUACUUUACUUUAUUUGUCUUCUUAGAUUCAUCCGAAAGAGUGCAAGUUGACAUUGAGUAUACAGAGAUAACUCCUAAAAAACGAACAGAUAAUCAGGUUAGU